UCGUACCUCUGAGAAAGUGUGAGGUUUAGGUAGCCAGACAGCAGUGUAUAGAGGUGUAUCUGUCCUCCUUCAGUCAGUACAGGAAAGAGCUCACUGCGGGCAACUGUUGCUUCUUCACCAGCAUGGUAAAAUGGGAACUGUGCUUUGUUCUGCUUCUACCACUGACUAUGUGUUUUGACAGUGAAGUGACUGUCGUGAAAACCAUCAGCAGAGAACCAGAUGUGACUCCAAUAUGCACAAAUGCAACACUGAGUCCCAUCAUACUUAUAUUGUGUAAGAUCGGAACAGUGAUGAACAGAAGAGAAGAGUGUGUCCUGUCUUAUCAAUAUGCCAAAGGCUUUGAGCACGGAUGUGACUCCAGGUUCACACUUGUGACAAAGAAUCAGACUGUGUUUCUCCAGCUCACUGGUUUAACACCAGUGGAUAGUGGGAACUACAGAUGUGAGUGUACACAUCAUGGUGGAAUAGAUAUUUUCCAUCUGAAUAUCACUGUGGAAGAGGAUGAAGACUCCAGCAGCUUUCCAAAAAAGGUUAUAGAAGCCUUGACUGGUGCUGCUAUGAUCAUGCUUCUAUCUGCAGUUAUCUUUGGGUUGCUCUACAGAGGAAUGCGUCAGGGAAGCCAGCCAGAGCCACCAAGCAGUCAUCACAAAACGCAGGAGCCAGAAGACAUUGAGCCGUACAGCACCUUCGUACAGCGAGAGGGUGGACUUUAUUCAGUGGUCAGACUGCAUGUGUGUGACACUGACACUAUUAAUUCAAACACGGUUACCACACAGGACACACAUGCAGGGAAUUUUUUACAGAGUUCCAAUUAUACCGUCUGUGCCAAGUGAAAUGGAACCUGUUGUCCACAAGAUGGCAGUGUUUUGCUUUCUGUUGACUUGUGUUUCACUUCAUCGUAUUUCUUGUAUGUGAGUUGAAUGUCUAAAUUUGAGCGUGUUAAAGCAUACAUUAUAUUAUACUGUAAUACUGAUCACAAUAAACAAAUUACAAAUAAAAUUUUUAUAUAAUAAUGCUUU